CUGUAUAGCUCUAAACACUGGAAUAAGGAAGGGCUGAUGACUUUUAGAAGAUGAAGGUAAGUAGAAACCAUUGAUGGGACUGAGAAACCAGAGUUAAAACCUCUUGGGAGCUUCUGAGGACUCAGCUGGAACCAACGGGCACAGUUGGCAACACCAUCAUGACAUCACAACCUGUUCCCAGCGAGACCAUCAUAAUGCUCCCAUCAAAUGUCAUCAACUUCUCCCAAGCAGAGAAACCCGAACCCACCAACCAGGGGCAGGAUAGCCUGAAGAAACAUCUACACGCAGAAGUCAAAGUUAUUGGGACUAUCCAGAUCUUAUGUGGCAUGAUGGUGCUGAGCUUGGGGAUCAUUUUGGCAUCUGCUUCCUUCUCUCCAAAUUUUACCCAAGUGACUUCUACGCUGUUGAACUCUGCUUACCCAUUCAUAGGACCCUUUUUUUUUAUCAUCUCUGGCUCUCUAUCAAUUGCCACAGAGAAAAGGUUAACCAAGCUUUUGGUGCAUAGCAGCCUGGUUGGAAGCAUUCUGAGUGCUCUGUCUGCCCUGGUGGGUUUCAUUAUCCUGUCUGUCAAACUGGCCGCCUUAAAUCCUGCCUCACUGCAGUGUGAGUUGGACAAAAAUAAUAUACCAACCAGAAGUUAUGUUUCUUACUAUUAUCAUGAUUCACUUUAUACCACGGACUGCUAUACAGCCAAAGCCAGUCUGGCUGGAACUCUCUCUCUGAUGCUGAUUUGCACUCUGCUGGAAUUCUGCCUAGCUGUGCUCACUGCUGUGCUGCGGUGGAAACAGGCUUACUCUGACUUCCCUGGGAGUGUACUUUUCCUGCCUCACAGUUACAUCAAUAAUUCUGGCAUGUCCUCAAAGAUGACUCAUGACCCUGGAUAUGAAGAACUAUUGACUUCUUAAGAAAAAAGGGAGAAAUAUUAAUCAGAAAGUUGAUUCUUAUGAUAAUAUGGAAAAGUUAACCAUUAUAAAAAAGCAAAGCUUGAGUUUCCUAAAUGUAAGCUUUUAAAGUAAUGAACAUUAAAAAAAAACAUUAUUUCACUGUCAUUUAAGAUAUAUGUUCAUUGGGGAUCUCUUGAUUUGCCUGACAUUGACUUCAGCAAAAGCACAGGGCUGUAAAUUACCAUUUACUAGACUAGCCAAAUAGUCUGAAUUUCCAGAAAACUAGGCAGAAUGAUCAUUCCCAGAAACAUUUCCUAGAAAAUGUUUCCCAGAAAACUAGGCAGAAUGAUCAUUCAAUGGAUCACAGUGAAGCAAAGGACACAACUUUUUAUUGUACCCCUUAAUUGUCAACAGGAGUUAACUGAUUUGUUGUGGUGCUCAGACUCUUUUAUACAAGUGCUAGUGUUUUAUCCUAUGUAUUUUAACUCAUUAGUGCAUAAAGGCAAGCCCCAUAUGAUGAAGUCUCAGGGUAUAUGAAAGUAGCUGGCUUCAAAAUAAAAUCUUUGAGUGCA